CUAUAAAUCAAUGUAGAUGCUAAUUACAGUUCUAAAAUAAACAGAAAUGCAGGCCUUUCUCUUCUUCUCUCUGCUUGCAGUUCUAACUUGCACUGAUUCUUGUACAACUGAGAUCAAUUGCCUGCCUAAAGAACCAGAAGCUGGUCUACAGGCUGAGCCGCCGCCGAAUGCAGAAGGAGGCAGCUCUAGUUCAGGCCAUGGCUCUGGUCCCAGUGGAAGCUGGGAUUAUAACUGGGGAUGGGGAUCAGCUCCUGGGAGCGGUUGGGGUUACGGUUCUGGCUCUGCAGAGUCUCCAAGUGGAAGUGGUCAUGGCUUCGGAUUCGGCUUUGGAUCUGGAAGCGGUUCUGACCCGGGUUCAGGUUCAGGCCAGGGGUUCGGUGGCGGCGGCGGUGGAGCUGGUGAUAGCAAUGGAGCUUACAGGGGAGCUCAUGGCUUUGGAUUUGGUUUUGGUGGUGGUGGUGUUCCAGGCUCUUGGAGGAGGAGGUUUCCAUGGUCUGGAGGCGAUGAUGGAGAUGAUUGAACUGAAAUCUAUUUGUUUUUUGUUUGCAGGGGACAUGUUAAUGAAGGAUGGAUGAUUGUGUAAAUUAUACUACGGAUGACAAAAUAACUUCGAGCAUGUAGUAAUGAUAUAUGUUGCAUACUUUAUAGAGUUGGUGAUUAUGUAUCUUUAUGAAGCUUUAAAUCAUGUUUACCGUUUACGAAGUCGGACUUAUGGUUUGGUUGAUGUGAAAUAUUGAAAGCAUUCAUGGACAAAUGGAUGUGCAUCUUGUGAUUAUUGGCAUCUUCAAACUAACAUUUUGUACUUCAGGGGAAGGAGAAAACCUGAAAUUUAAGGAGGCCAUUGAGAUCA